AUGCUAAAAUUGGGCGCAGCCCGCGGACAAGAUGCCUCGAACUCCAGAAAGCGCGACGUAACUCCGCAGAAACGGGUGGUCAUUGGUCUGUACCUCGCCGGACUCAGCGAGAACAGCCGGCUCCCUCGCGGCAGCAAGAAGCUCGCCAUGCAGACCUUCAAGACCAGCCGGGGCUCCGUCGACAGCAUCUGGAGGCUGCGACGGAAGUAA